AUGCGGCUGAUGUUCUACAACGGCGACGUGGACACCGUCUGCCAAUUCCUUGGAGACCAGUGGUUCAUCGAAAACCUCGUGGCUGAGCGGAAUCUCACGGUUCUAUACGAUCGACAGCAAUGGACCUAUCAAUCGGCCCCACAGUAUGCCCCGACCAUCGCCGGUUAUGCAAAGGCAUGGAACCAGAACUUGGUGCAGUUGACUGUAAAGGGUUCUGGUCAUUUCGUACCGAUGGAUCGUCCGGCUCAAGCACUUCAAAUGCUCGUUAAUUUCAUCACGAACGAAGCAAACUACAGUGACCCGAUAUUCUUUGUCGAUACAACUCCGAAGCCUGUACUUACUACUCCUGUGGCUCCGCAAACUUGCUCUCGUAAGGAGUCGGAUCGAGUCCUUUCAAUGCCCGGACUGAAUGCCCCCUUGACAUUCAAGCAGUAUUCCGGAUUCCUUCAGGGAUCCGCCACUCACAUGCUGCAUUAC